AUGGUGUCCAGAUUCUUUAAUUGCUCAGUGCCUAGUUGUGAAAGGCCAAGUGUCAGAGCAAACGGUGGUUGCGAUAGCUGUAACCGCCAUCUAUGCCUCACCCAUUUGUCUCCUUCUCUUCAUACGUGUGACGAGGAGGACAACAUUGCCGCCGAGAUCGAUCGUCUCCGCUCUCGUAUCAACGACGCGGCUGUAUGUCAACUUGCGUCCAGACUGAAUGGCGGUCAGAGUUGCAGAAUUGAACACUCGUCGAAGGUUGGACCGAACGCCCUCUGGGGAAGCGCCAACUAUCAUGCCCGCAUACGCUUCCAAGACGGCUCUCCCUCGUGGCUUCUCCGAGUUCCUCGAGUGACGAGCUUUGCCGUUGGUCUUCCCGUCCCAUUAGCGGACUAUUUGAUAGCCAGCGAGUACGCAACCUUGAAGUUUCUCGAAACCACUACAGUACCAGCUCCUCGGGCCUUCAGUUACGGCAUAUGCAGUGAUGGGACAGACCAUGGUGUCGGUGUGGCUUUUCUUCUUAUGGAAGAGCUACCAGGGAGACCCUGGACAGGCGAAGGCGUGUCGAGUACAGUGGCUACUGACGACGAGAAAGCAAAGAUCUGGAGUGAACUUGCCGAGAUACUGACUGAGCUAGAACGUCAUCCCUUUCCUAAAGCUGGAUCAUUGUGCUUUCAGUCAUCUUAUAUCGAAGUUUCGGCUGUAGCAAGCGACAGAUUCGGCGUCCUCACCCCUACUGGGCCAUUCCAUAAUUCUACAGCAUAUUAUACUGCCUUCGCCGAGCAGUACCUGGAGCUGAUUGCGGACGGCCAACUCUACACCGAGUUUCCAGUUGAUGCGUACCUAGUGUACCGCUUUCUGAAAGACAACGUAUCACAGCUAGUCGAACAAGGUGGAGAAGCGAAGUCUCCAGAGAAAUUCUUUUUAAAGCACGUUGACGAUAAAGGAGACCACUUACUUGUUGACGAUGACCUUCACAUCACAGGCAUUAUUGGCUGGCAGAUGGCACGUGUUGUGCCACCACGUGAAGCCUUUGGUCCGUCGCUUGUUACUGCCGACAUGAAUGCAUUGUGGACCGGUAAAUUUUCGCUCAGUAACGACGAUGUUGCUUUGACGGAUGCUCUACGGCAAAAGGGCCUCUCUUGGAUAACUCGUCGCGCUGUCGAUGAGAAAGCCAGGAGGUUCUUCUGGGGGCUGGCCUUGGAAACCAAGUGGUCUAAUGCCUUACCUCUGGCAGUUGCAAUACUAGAAGCCUUUGGGAUCCGACAAGAUUGGGCACAGUGGAGAGAGAUGGCACUGAAGGAAUACGAAAGUGACGAGCGCCUACGUGCCUUGUUGAGCAUUGUCAUCCCUGAAAUCGGCAACGGGGAUCCAGCCAUGCCAACACCUAAAUAA